AAAACCGAAAACUCGUGUGUGUUGUUUUGUUAAAGUGUUUAGAUUUCAGAUCAUCGUUGAGUUCCUCUUCUCCGUUGCAAAAAUUCACAUCGAGCAUCACCCUUUAUCUCUCAUCUCAUCCCAUGAUCCGUUUUCCCCUUUAAUCUCAAUCCCUUCCCCUUUCCUUUCAAAAAAAAGAAAAAAAAAAAAAAUUCUCAACCUCUGCUUUACGCCGCCAUCCCUCUGCCGAUAACCCACCCUUCUUCUUCCUCGUAUUUCCUUUGCAGUUUUUUAUCAACUUAUGCACGUAAAAGAUAAUCCCCCAUUUUGCUUCUCGUUGUAGACAUGCAUUGUGGAUAGCGAUAACGUGCAAAGUGGGGUUUGUCUUAAUUAUUGAGUUUUUAAUAAGAACAGGGAAGGUAAAGGGAGUUGGAUAUGGCGAAUCGGGUCGUCAAAGUGAGAAGAGAAGCGAUUGCGGCAUGCAUGAGCUGUCCUCUUUGCAGUAAGCUUGUUAGAGAUGCCACCACCAUAUCCGAAUGUCUUCACACAUUUUGCAGAAAGUGCAUAUAUGAUAAGAUAGAAGACGAAGAUUUAGAAUGUUGUCCAAUAUGCAACAUUGAUUUGGGUUCUGUUCCGUUGGAGAAGUUAAGGCCAGACCACACUUUGCAAGAUGUGAGGGCCAAAAUCUUCCCUCUUAAAAGAAGAAAAGAAAAGGAACCCAAAGCUCUGCCUCCGGUAACAUUGCCAACUAGAAGAAAGGAGAGAUCACUGUCUUCAUUGGUGGUUAAUGCCCCCAAAGUAUCAACACAAACUACCAUGACAGCGAGGAGAACACAAGGAUUUGCCAGAAAGGCUAGUGCUUUUCGAGGUUCCGGUUUUCCGGUAAAGAAGCCUGUUAAAAGAGAGAGAGACUCCGUGGAGGAUCACCAAGAGAGUGCAAGCUCACCCGAAACGCUAAAUAAAUUCACCCAGAAUAAAAGACAGUUUACAUCUGCCGAACGUAGACAACACACUGAUAAAGUAGAGAAUGGUAGAAAAUCAUGGGACGGAAUAUCAGAUCUCUUGAAACCUUUGGACUGUUUGGUGGAGGUUGCAAAUAGGACCAAGUCCUUAAAGUCUAAUUUACAAGGCUCCGAUUCUAGAUUAGAAUCUAUCCGUGCCCCCAUCGCUGAAGCUCAAACGUGCAAAAACACUCUCAGGAAAGACUACUGCAGAACAAAAGACGAGGAUGAAAAGAAUAAUGUUGGUCCGGCAAAUUCAGAAACCACGACUACUAAAAAGUCGAGCAGGAUCCUUCAAAAAAGUGGUUUGGGAUUUGGUGAUUCUAUCGUAUCUCCUCAAGCCGUGCUAGAUGCUGCUGGUGCAAAGCAUCAAAGACGAAUUGGACCCGUGUGGUUCUCGUUAGUGGCCUCUCAAGAGCAGGAAGGCGAUGCACCCCUCCCUCAAAUUCCUGCAAAUUUCCUAAGGAUAAAGGAUGGAAAUAUACCUGUUUCUUCUAUCCAAAAAUACCUGAUGAAGAAAUUGCACCUCACCGAUGAAGCUGAGGUUGAGAUCAAAUUUAUGGGGCAGCCAGUGGUUCCCACAUUGCAGUUGCAUAAUUUAGUCCGUUGGUGGCUACAAAGAGCAUCGACUUCGCGGCGAGUAGCGGCAUCUGUUGGUUCUUCUGCAAAGGAUUUUAUCAUGGUGUUGGCAUAUGCUCGAAAAGGCCCACAGAGAUAGUUGUGCUUUCUUUCAUUCUUUUUGCCACCACACCAACACACACGUAUAUAUAACAUUCGAAUUCGGAAUGGUAUUCGGAUCAUUCUACCUAGUUGUUGGAAAUCAUGUCAUAUAACUUAAAGUUAGAAGUGACAGCAUCUUUAUAUGAAUGGUGGCAUGUUUUUUGAGUU